AGAAUGCAACUAGUCGUCUGCGUCUUUCUACUUCUCUUCUCAUUUGUCAAUUUUCUCCGAACGGAGCAAUCAGAAAGAAUGCAUGACGAUUGUCUGAAAGCAAUUUGUCCAUUGGUUUUUCACAAAGGAUGUCCAUCAGACUCUCAGCUGAUCACUGUAUCGCCAGCGCCGGGAAACUGUUGUCCACCACCGGGCUCUUGCCACUGUGAUCAGAAGAAAUGCGUUCCAUCCGUGCCAACUUGUACAAAAGAAGAGCGACUUGUGAUGGUUGAAAAAGGUUCAGAUAUACCUGGAAAAUGUUGUGCAUACUAUGAAUGCCAUAAGAAAGAGAAAAAGUGCGAAAAUGUGCACUGUCCUCCUAUGUUCCAAGAUGAAGAAGAAUGUCCACCUGAUAGUAUCCGUCCACCAGAGAGUAUUUCAAAAGAAUCAUGUUGCCCAAUAAGACAAUCCUGCAAAUGCCGUGGCUCAAUCUGUCGUCCUGCUCAAUGUCCAGAUGGAAAAGUUGUGAAUGUCACGAAGAAAGGAACUGGAUUUCCAGGAAGAUGCUGUGAUAAAUGGGAGUGUGUGGAUGCUGAAUUGUCAAAAGCAAAAUGUAAUCACAGUGGUAUUGAGAGACAACCACUUGAAACCUGGCACGUGUCAGAUUGUGAAUCUUGUCAGUGUAUUCGAGGAGUUUCAGUUUGCAACAAGAUGACAUGCCCAAAAGUGAAUCAGGAGUGCACUUGGAUCGGCAUACCAACUGGAGAAUGUUGUCCAGUAUGUCUUGGCUGUCAGACUGAUAAUCAAACCAAACUUGAAAGAGGUGCAACUUGGCAAAAAGACGACUGCACAUCCUGUACAUGCUCCGAACUUGGUGCUCAUAUGUGCGAGAAAUAUAUGUGUAAAACAGAUUGCGAGAAUCCAAGAAAAGUUGAAGGGCAGUGUUGUCCAGUUUGUGAUGAACCUACCAUCAUCAGACCUCCUGCAACAUGUCCAUCACUCGAACUGUGUUCUCUGAGAUGUGCCAAUGGACUUCGUCGUGAUAACAUUGGUUGCUAUGUGUGUGAAUGUCUUCCAGAUGAAGUUCCUACUAACCCAAGAUGUCGUGAGCUUAAUGACGAAAACUGUGAAAAACAAUGCGCUCACGGAUACCUCAAGGAUGAGGAUGGUUGCACAGUAUGCAAGUGCUCAAAAUGUCCACCACUCCAUCAGUGCCACAAGCAUUGUCUCUAUGGAUUCGAGACGAAUUCGGCGGGAUGUUCGUUGUGCAAGUGUCGAGCUUCAUCGAAAUUGGAUAAGAAGCAAGGCACAACUAAAUCAACGAAACUUGGAGCCGGCUCUGCGCAGCAAACUGAGUAUCACAGUGAAAAAUGCAUAUCGUUCUCAAAUGACGGUCAUCAAAUCGUGAGAGAUGGUGGAGAAUGGUGGAGUGAUGGAUGUAGACAUUGCUUCUGUGAAAACAAACAAGAAUUCUGUUCAUUGAUUUCAUGUCCAACAAAACCAUCAGAUUGUGCUGAUGAAAAAUGGGUGCAAAAAGAAGAUGAAUGUUGUCCAUCUUGCAUUGAUCAGAAGAAGAAACCAAAAUCGAGCAAUUCAUUGGCAGCUCAAAAACAUGAGCAUACAGUAUGCCAGUCACCUGGAACUGGAAGACUCUUCACAGAUGGUGAAACGUGGCAAUUGGCACCAUGUGUCUCAUGUACUUGUCGUGUUGGACACGUACUCUGUAGAACGACAGAAUGUCCUCCGAUCGCCUGUCCUAACCCCGAAUAUCAAAACGAAGAAGACUGCUGUCCAACUUGUCCAGAGCAAAAAGUUGAGAAUACGAAAAAUGAGAAAGGUGAUACUAUUGUGUGUACGGAUGAUGCUGGAACAGCUCAUAUUGUUGGUUCCUCAUGGCGUCAAGAUGACUGUACAUCGUGUGUUUGCUCUGCUGAAGGCUCUGCUGAUUGCUACAAAGAAGCUUGCGAUGAGAGUCUUGAAUGUCGUGGAAAUCCGCUUGUCAUCAAAGGAAAGUGUUGUCCAGUGUGCUCAGAUGCUCUUUCAUCAUCAGCUGUUUGCUCUUAUCAAUCAUCUGUUUAUGCAAUUGGAGAGCAGUGGCAAGAUGGUAGAUGCUCAAAUUGUUCUUGUGUAACCGGUGGUCAAACUGUCUGUCGUCAGAUGGUUUGUCCACAUUGUGAUGAUCCUGUACCAAUUGAAGGACAUUGUUGUCCGCUUUGCAAAGAUGCAAAAUGGUCUCCAUAUGGUUAUGGAAAUGGUUCAGCAUCAUUCCCAACUUCUCUUGGACCAAGAGUGGAUGAUGGAAAUGGAAGCUCUGCUACUUCGCUGAUUGUUGUAUCUCUGAUGUCUCUUUGCGUCGUUGCUCUCAUUAUUGUGCUUAUGCUUCUCUAUAAACGAAAUAAGAAAAGCAACAAGCUGCACAAGUUCAACGAAGUCGGCCAAAUAGCAUCGGGGGGAGCAUCAACAGUAAGACUUUCAGCGUCAAAAACAAUUGGAUCCAUGCCAAGACUCGUGGAUUGGAAGGACACGAGAGAAGAAAGUACGGAGGAAUUGUUGAAGACAUCAACUAAUCAUGUUCGACACGACUCGCAGAAUUCAGAUGAUCAAUCAGACAGUUUGCUUUCUACAAUGAGUGAUACUUCGACAGCACCUUCUACAAUUUCUUCUUCUGGACACGUGCCGAUUUCAGACACACAACCACUGACACCGAAGCAUCGAUAUCCAGUAUAAUUAAACCAUCCUUUGUUUUUCUUACUUCCUCAUUCUCAUUGCGGGUUCAAAAUUCGCAUACAAUUUUUACUCGUACAGUUUCUGUCACAUGUUCGAGUUUUUCAUUUCAAUCAUCUAAUUAUGAAUCCACCUUCUCAUCCACAAUCAAUUUAACUCACGAUGCGGGUCAUCCUUGUCCCUGAUUUUAAUGAAAAAGCUUUUCGUCUCGUCAGUUCAUGUAAUGUGUUUUGUACAGUUAUGUUGCACACAUUUGGAUUAAUAAACUAUAAAUAAUUGCUUUAUAAAU